UAGAGCAAUGACAGAACAUUAUGACGCAAACAUGACUGGGAAAAAUAAAACGAAGAAUCGAAAGUCGCGAGUGUCACAAAGGUCUCGAGCAAUUACAUCAGGAACGAAAAUCUAACAAACAGCCUCCAACAUGUUGCGAAGACUGUUCUGGCAAACGUUUAAGACGUUUGAGACACCUAUCACAAAUCGAGCCCUUUCCGUCUCGUCUCAAGUGUUGAUCAAAGAUUUGCAACUACAAUCUUCCGGCAAUACCAGCGCCACGAUUCAAACGCAAACCGAGUCCUACUUGAACCUGCUAAAGAACGCUAACGAUGCCAAAGAAGUUUUGGAAUGCAUGCCGACCUUAGAUAAGCGCAAAAUUGAUCGACAGGCCGUAACACUGAACGCCUUGAAAACCCUCUUCGAACUGCACAAAUUGGGCAAGAGCAGCAUGCAGCGGCAGGAUGUCCUGAACCAUCCACGUUUCGCCGAACUGUGCAAAGUACUGAAAUACGAGGCUCGUGGUUUCCUGAUGAACGACAUCACGGAGAGUUUGAAAAUUCUCACAUACUUCGGGGUGCGGUCCAACAGUGAGAUAAUGACCGUAUUUCUGCAGUUGCUUCGCCAUCAGAUCAACGACGUAACUUUGGAACACAUUGUGUUCCUAAAUUUCAUAUUGAAAAAGAUGGAUCGCAGCCCGCUGGUGGAGGCAUUGCAGUUAGCAUUGCCAAUGCUGUUGCAGAUUCAAAUCACCUACAAGAUGGACCACGAAAACGUCCAGCAGUUGGUCGAUCUCAUCGGGUUUGUCUCGCAGCAUCGAGUCUCCGAUCGCUGCGUUAUGAAUGUGGUCAGUGCAUUAACUCUGCACGGCACCAGCUUAACCGGACAUCAAGCAGCGGAUGUAUUGAAAGCUCUGGUUGAAUUUAAUGCUUUGGAACCAUUCCACGUGAAGCUGCUGAACAACAUGUUCGAAACAUUGAUCGAGAAGAUCGACGAGGUCAAUUUCAAAACCAUCGACUUCAUCAUGAAAAAAAUCGUGGAGAAAAACUUGGACAAGUUCCCUAUGUUCUUCAAUGAUGCAUAUUUUAAACGGUGCGCUCAAUUUGUGGUGGAUCACGAUAUGGGCAUAAUGAAUGCACUCUACUUCCAGAAGAAAUUAAACAAGGUCGCCUACCUGCACAUUCCGCUACUCGACUACAUAGGCUCUCAAGCGGACAGUCUCUCCAUUGUUCCAAACUCUGGUAUAAUCACCAUUGUUGCAGCUUUCUCAAAUGCCGAUUAUCGACCGCGCAAUUGGGAAACCAUCAAGUCGGAAAUCUCCAGACACUCUUUCAUAACGAACCCCGCCAUUCCCUGGAUUCGCUAUAACUUGGAGCUACUGUCGUUGGACAUUUUCAACAAGCAGCUAAUAGAGCAGUAUUUAGAUCCUGUGACGCUGGAACGUAGCAUGCACCGAAACAUUCUUGUCGAUUAUCUUCAGCUGUUGGAACUCUCCCGAACCCUCCAGCUGCUCUUCCCGGAGUAUGAUGGUCCGCUACCGGACAAGCGUUAUAUCGAAAAAGGAACCGCUGUGUUGCUGCAAAACAAUGAACUUCCGCUGCAGAAACCAUUGGAGAUGAUUUUCGGUGGCGAAGGAAGCAUACUGUCGCAGGUUACAUCCGACUACGGCCAUGUGUUGGAUCACGUGCUGGUGUUCGAUCGGGAAGGCCGCAUAAUGAAGCAGCCCAUUCUGUCGGAUGACGAGGACCAUCAAGCGGCUCGGAUAGAGGACGUUAUCGUCAGGGGCAAUCGAGUUGUGGUCGUUAUGUGUUUACCGAAGAGUUACUAUGCGUUGAACAUCAAUCGGUUACGCGGUCGGUUUGCUAUGUACAUCCGAACGAUAGAAGCACUGGGAGUCGCCGUAGUUCCCGUUCCGUAUCAGAUGUGGUCAAACCUUCCAGAAGCCGAGAGAUUGCCUUUUCUAGAAAGGGAAGUGCGAGCUAAAGUCAACAUUGUAGAAUGAACUUUCGGAUCGUAGCAAUAAAUCACAAUUCAUAAGUGCAUUUUAAUGGUGUUUUAUUUAUUGUGAUCCUCAGAUUAGUUACAGGAAAGAAAGCACUACGUCAAUGAAGAUGCUACAACAUGUGAAAAGUACGUUUUAGGAUUUUAUGUGCUUUCUAUGUUUUUCUCAUUACACGCAGUUUCGCGGAGAGCAUAAGAGGGAUU